AUGGAUAAUGGUGCAGUGAAGAUAGAGAGCUCCAGUCCUGGAGAAAGAAUUGUGCUGCUUAGUUUAACCAGUUCACUGAAUGACGGCAACUCUCACUUGCUGAAGGUUAUGUACAAAAGCAGCAAAACAUACCCUGAGCUUGAUGGCAACAGAGAAGCAUUUUCUGUUGAAAGAACAGCUCCGAAGAUUAUCACAGAUGUGCUUGAGGGAGUUCUUAUUGGGGCACAUAUACUUCAUUCCAAGCAGUUUGUCACUGAACCUUACAAACCGUUGAUUGGCUAUGUUGGUGAUGUGUUCGUUAAUGACAACAGACUGAUGCUUCCUGAUGCUGUUGAUAUUCACAAUGUUUUUCAUGGAAGUUGCAGUUACUCAGAUGUCUGGCAUUCCUGCUUACAAUGGACAGACCAAAGCAAGCCACUAUCACUUGGUGUUGUGGACAAUUCAAACAGAAUAUCAUUCCUGGUGUCAAGAGAUUCUCUCGGCGCUUUGAUUCAUUUUGUAAAAAAGGAUUCAUUUGAUAUUGAAGUGACUCUGACUGUGGCAGGCAUUGAUGUCAGCUCUGAUGAUUCUGAAGCUGUGAUAAUUAGACCAGAAGCAGACAAGAGUUACUUUACUUUGAUCACAAUCACAGAUGGAGGCAGCGAUGUUUCUGUAAAGGCUUGGGAUCAAAGUGUAAGCAUCUCCUAUGGUGGCUUCUGGGGUUUUGCCAGCAAAGAUCUGACAACUCCUCACACUCUAGUCAUAGGAGAAUCUAAAGAUGGUCCAGCCAGAACAUUUACUGGAUCUGUGUCUCAGUUUACCAUUGAGGAUAGAUUCUAUGAGCUCAGUGAGUUUAGCUGGUCCCACAACUUGAUGGCCUGUGAGAGACCACAAGAAGACAUUCAGUCACCCUCACCAUUAACAGACACAUAUGAACCAUUUUCAUGUAUUUAA